AUGGUGAAAGAGAAGACUGCCAUGGGCGAACGCCUGACGGUGGAGCUGCGGCAUUUGGCCCAAGAGAUUGCGGCCAAUGAGGCCACGUUGGCCAAAGCGGCGGUGUUGCGAAGGGAUCAGCGGAAGACCUUUGCGGAGGACGAGAAGUCGCUAAAGGACAAUAUCGAUGCAGUGACUCAGGCCUUGAGCAGCUUCAACGGCACCUCGCUACUACAGUCGCGUAGCCAGGUCAUGUCCAGGUUGCGACGUGUGGUGGAAAGCAACUACGCCAAGCUCAAGUCCAAGACCACCAGGGGUGAUCGUAUGUUGCUGGAGGAUUUUCUGAAGGAGCGCAGCGAUGGAUUUUCCGGCACCGGUUUCCUACAGGGGAAGGCCAAGGUGGCCGGCCCCGCUGAGACAGUCGCGGGCAUGUUGCAGGCCAUGGCAGACGACUUCAGCACUGAUCUGAAGGAGGAACAAGAUGAAGAUGCCAAGCUGGAAAAAAGCUACAAGGCCUUGGUCGCUGCCAAGGGCAAGGAGGUGACGGCAGGCAAGGAGCAAGUCACGAGCAAGGAACAGCAAAAGGCAGAUGCCAAGCAGAAGGUCAUCUCUGGAAAGGAAGACAUCAGCAGCGCGACCACUUCCAAGGCAGAGGCGGAGGAGUUCCUGAGCACAGCCCAGGCGAAGUGUGCCAAAGCCCAGGAGGGCUUUGCGGGACGCUCGGCGGCUCGCAACGAGGAGCUCACGGCUGUUGGACAAGCCGUUGAGGUGCUGAGCAGCGAAAAGGCCAAGACUUUGGGCGAGAAGAAAUCCACGUCCUUCCUGCAACUCGCCUCCACGCCUUCCAGCGCUGCCGCGGCCGCCGCGGCCGCCGCGCUGGCGGCAACAGGGCGACGCCUCGGAAAACAGGAAUUGGUCUCUUUGAGCUUGCGAUUGAAAGCGGGCAGUUUCGACAAGGUGAAGGAAGCGAUCGAGGGCAUGAUGCGCGCCUUAAAUCAAGAGCAAAAGGAUGAGGUUGAGAAGAACGAAGCAUGCAACAAGGACUUUGAAGACAACACUGCAUCCACAGAUGAGAAGACACAACAGCAAGAGAUGAGCAAAGGUCAAAUUGGUGAAUGGAAGCAGGAGAUUGCAGCAGUGGAGUCGGAGAUCUCCAAAUUGAAAGGAGAGGUGAAGGAUUUAGAAGAGCAGAAAAAGGCAGCCACUGAGACCAGGGCCAAGGAGAACAGCGAGUUCGUCAGCAUGGCCGCAGACCAGCGCAUGACGCAGAAGAUCCUGGUGGAGGCACAGACUGUGUUGGAGAAGAUCUAUGAGGGCGUGUCAUUGGUGCAGGCGCGCAGCACGCGGCAAACCGUGCCUGGCUUUGCAGCCCGGGUUAUGGAAAUGCUGAAACAGUGCCGCAAGAACGCCAUGCGCUUGGGGGAAGAAGCCCUAGCAGCGGAUCAGGACUCCCGUGAAGCCUUCGAGAAGCUGUCGGGGGAGAUCGAGGAAGAACUCAGCAGCACCACCAAGGACAUUGGCAAGAAAUCCAUCGUGAAGGCCAACCUUGAAAGCGACGUGGCCGAAGCGAAACGCAGGAUGGGUCUCACUGAGGAUGAAUUGGAAAGUCUGGCAGAGACGAAAUCUGCUUUGCACAAGUCCUGCGACUUUGUGGUGAAGAACUUUGAGGCCACGCAAGCCGCGCGCGGAGCCGAGAUCCAGGCGCGGGCAGUGCUGCGCGCAGAGGUGCGCGGUCACAGUUUGUGCAUCAUGACCUCCCUGGCCAAUUUCGAUGAGGCAAACCCGCGUGGCAUGGCAGCAGAUGAUGGUGCAUCGAUUAGCUCGCCACGCUCCUUACAGGCGUGCAAGCAGGAAGGGGUUCUACCACAGGAGUUGAUCUUCAAACCUCUGGAGGCCUUCCAGGAGAAGAAUUUAUCGCCCCGGCUGGUGAAGCUCCGUUUCGACUUCUUUGAAGCCAAACGUCGGGAUCUGUUGGCGGCGGCCCGCAGGGCUCGCGAUGCCUUGCUGGCAGAUGAGAGACGAGAAAAGGAAAGUUCCCAGCAACAGCUAGCCUUGGUCUCCAAGGAGAGCGGCCUGUCGAAAGGCGCCAUCUUGGCCUUGAACAGCGACACGCUGAAGAUGGAGCGACAGAAGCUGCUGAGGGCCCAGGAGAACGAAAGAAAUUGGUUGAAGAGCGCCUUGCAGUGCGAGCUGAACCAAUUGAAGCAGCUGGAGUCGGCGAAUCAGUUCCUCAGCAACGAAGCCGCCAAUCAGGAGGAUGCCAUGCGCGAACACUCGCGGAAGAUGAAGGAGUUGAACGACAAGCGCGCAGCGGAGGAGGAACGGAAGCAGUUGGAGAUGGAAGCGCGGCAGAAGUUGGAGAAACAGUUGGCCAAGGAAGAGUUUCAUAAGCAGCAGUUGGAGAUGAAGAACAAGCAGAAGCUGGAGUUGCAGCGGCAGAAGGAGGCCUACGAACGUCAGCUCCGUGAGGCCGAGCGCAAGCGCGAGAUGGAGCGGGAGAAGGCCGAGAAGCGCGAGCAGGAGUUUAAGGACCUCCAAGCCAGAAAGGAUGAGAUGAAAGCGCAGGACCAAAGACGAACAGAUUUGAUGGCACAAAAACAGGAGCAGUUCCAGGACCUGCUCCGAGAACGAAAGGAAGCGCGAGACAUGCGUAUCUACAACAGCAUCUUGGCCAAUCAGGAGUUGGAGCAGAAACGUCGCGACGACUUCGAGAAGAAACAGAUGGACGACAUGGUCCGUGAGGAGCGUCUGAUGGCCGAGGCCGCGCGACGUUCUGAAGAAACGGCCAAGAAGCAGUUCCGCACGCUGAUGAAGCGGCAGAUGAUCAAGGAGGAAGCCAUGCGACGAGCUGAAGAGCGACGGAGCGCCAUCUUGGAUCAGCAAGAGGAGACGGAAUACCGACUCAUGGAACAUGAAGCCAAGAAGGAAAGAUACCUUGAUUUCAAGCGCGAGCUGGACGGCUUACGCUCCAAGAACAAGGAGAUCAACGUGGAACGCCAGAGACGGCGCGAGGAGCACGAGCGCGAAUCCAUCGCGGACUCGGUCAAGAAGAAGGACGAGAAGAUCGAUCAACUCAACGCCGAGCGGCAGAGGAUGUGGGAGCUGCGCCGCGCCGCGCAAGCGGAGGCCUACAAGGCGCGCGAGGCGGUGAAGACGGAGAUUCUGAGGCAGCGUAUCGCCUCGGCCUUCGAUUCCAAGAAGUUGGAGUCCAAGUCGCCUGGCGGAAAAGGUGGCUCCAAUGCCACAGGAUGCCAGUCUGAUAAGUUGGUCGCUGAGGUUGGAAAACCUGAUGAAGAGCGUGGAACGGUGGAACCCUGCGAAGAGUUGCCAGCAUGGCGCUCCCUACUGCCCACCUUGCCCCAAAGGCCCGUGGCCCCGCCACCUCCUGCAACGGCUCCGCAGGGCGAGCCGCCUCCACCAGAGAACGACACCGACCUGCCGGAGAAACUGCCGGGGAUCGAGGUUGUAGGUGACGAGCUUUGGUUUUCCCAUGUGCCAACCCGGCGAUCGCUACGUGAGCGCGUCAUCGCCGCCCACGCAGCGCAAAAGAUCUUAGUGGCCAGUCCUGCCACGGAGAUCAAGCGCAUUUGCCCCGGACCUGGGCGCAUCCUGGGAGCGGGCGCCGUUCUGCGUUUGGGUGGCUCCCUGCUGGGAGGCUAUGGCGAGGCGGAUAUCAACUACGCCUACCGUCAGCUCUCACGAGCCUUGCACCCGGACAAAAAUCCUGACAUCCCAGAGGCGCACGACGCCUUCAAGCGCCUGACGGAUGCCUCUGCGGAGCUCAAAGAAGGUCUGGAAGAGCAACGCAGUGUGCUACGCGCCAUUUGCCUCGUCAUGGGUACGGUGGUGACGCCUGAGAUGACCGAGCGGCCGCAGGAAGCACUCUUCGCAGAGGCGACUCGGAUGCUUCAUGCCGUCCUGGCCCUCACGGGUGAAGGGGAGGUACCAGGUCCCGCCUUGUCAAGGUCACUGGUCACCUUUACUUCCUCGACCUCGUGGACCAAUUGCAGACCGCAGGUUCUGCUGUCCGAGUGGUUCGACCAGAAUCGUUUGUUGGACCUUUUUGCGGGAAUGUCUUUGCGCACGGCUUACGACUGUGCACCCAAGCGCUACCGAGCGCAGUUCCUGUGCGCCUUGAAUCGUCUUACGAUGGCGGAAGCCAAAAGGAACAACGACUGUGUCCGUGGUAACUGGCAUUCCGUCAUGAUGCAAUACCCUGAGAUGGGGCUCUGGCGCGACCUCCGCGACAAGAUCAAGUUGCGGGUGUGGACGCCUGACGUUGAGCUUGGCGGCUCCAAGCCGCGGCGAGGUAGUAUGUGGGAUGACGAGGAGGGAAAGCGAACCUCCAGCUGGGCAGCAGCGUGGAGAGAAAGGAUUCGCAAGGUCCUCCCUCGCGGGAUCGAUUCCUUCGUGGGCGCCGCGGACAAAGAGGUCCGCGCCAUGGCGUCUGCGCUGUGGAAAGAUCUGGCUGAGUGGGUGCUGAAGGAUGAAGCUACUGGGCCGCGAUUCCUGAGCCUCUUCAGAGCGGAGCCACCCUUGGCACCGGAUGGCACCGAGGCUCCCCAGCUGGACGAGUGGGCCUUCGUUCCCGCCUCGGACAUUUUCCUGGUGGUCGGCGAGGGCCUGGUGGGCAUCAGCGCAGAGGGCCUGGGGGUCGAUGCCAAACCUGGCCAUGACAGGAUGACCUUCGAGGAAGCCAUGGCAGAAAAGAAGGAAGGUGAAGAGGAGGAGAAGGAAAAGAAAAAGAACCAGGACAGAGACAAAGAUGGAAAAGACAGAGGUAAAGACAAGGAGAAGGACAAGGACAGAAGUAAGUCAAGAGACGAUAGAAAGAAAUCCUCCAAAGACAAGGAUGGAAAGCCGUCGAAUGACCCAGACUUCAACUGGGAAAAGGUCUGGCGUGAGCGUGUCAACACCAACAAGAACCGACCCCGAGCAAGAUCUCCGUCUAACCCCCGACGGAGAUCGCGCGAGCCACGGCGCGAGCGUGACUCGCGGUCGCGCAGACGCUCCAGGUCUCGACGGGCACGAGAUCGAUCGAGGGACAGGCGAAGACGCCUUAGUCCUUCGAGAUCACGGUGAGUUCCGACGUGACGCAACUGGUUUCUAGGGAAAGACAUGGAGAAUUGAGAAA